AUGGCCCGUACCAAGCAGACCGCUCGCAAGUCCACCGGAGGCAAGGCUCCCCGAAAGCAGCUGGCCACCAAGGCCGCCCGCAAGUCGGCCCCGGCCACCGGCGGCGUGAAGAAGCCCCAUCGCUACCGCCCCGGCACCGUCGCCCUCCGUGAGAUCCGUCGCUACCAGAAGUCGACCGAGCUGCUCAUCCGCAAGCUGCCCUUCCAGCGCCUGGUCCGCGAGAUCGCCCAGGACUUCAAGACCGACCUGCGCUUCCAGUCGUCGGCCGUGAUGGCCCUGCAGGAGGCCAGCGAGGCCUACCUGGUUGGCCUCUUCGAGGACACCAACCUGUGCGCCUCGCUGAUCAUGUCUGGCCGCGGCAAGGGAGGCAAGGGACUCGGAAAGGGCGGAGCGAAGCGCCAUCGCAAGGUUCUUCGUGAUAACAUCCAGGGCAUCACCAAGCCCGCCAUCCGCCGACUGGCUCGCCGCGGUGGUGUGAAGCGCAUCAGCGGUCUCAUCUACGAGGAGACCCGCGGCGUCCUCAAGGUCUUCCUGGAGAACGUCAUCCGCGACGCUGUCACCUACACCGAGCACGCCAAGCGAAAGACCGUCACCGCCAUGGACGUCGUCUAUGCGCUCAAGCGCCAGGGCCGCACUCUGUACGGUUUCGGCGGUUAA